AAACAAGAUGGCGGCUGAAGGCGAUCCGGAGUGGGGCCCCAGCAAUUCGGAUUGAGCCUUCUCCCUCCACCCGCUUCCGCCGGCCGGGCCCCUCCCGCCCGGCCCCGCGGGCCUCCCCACUCGGCCCCGGCGCCCCCCACCGCCACCUCUCCGCCCGCCCCUCCCCCUCCGCUUUCCUUCUCCCCCCGCCUCAGCUCCGACAUGAGGGGCCGGCGGGGCAGGCCGCCCAAGCAGCCCGCGGCUCCCGCUGCGGAGCGCUGCGCCCCGGCCCCGCCGCCGCCGCCGCCUCCCACGUCCGGACCCAUCGGGGGGCUCCGCUCGCGGCACCGCGGCAGCAGCCGGGGCAGGUGGGCCGCCGCCCAGGCUGAGGUGGCGCCCAAGACGCGGCUGAGCUCGCCCAGGGGGGGCAGCAGUAGCCGGAGGAAGCCGCCGCCGCCGCCGCCGCCGCCGGCCCCCCCCAGCACCAGCGCCCCGGGCCGGGGGGGGCGAGGAGGCGGGGGCGGCAGGACGGGGGGCGGGGGCGGCGGCGGCCACCUGGCCCGGACCACCCCGGCCCGGAGGGCCGUCAACAAAGUGGUGUACGAUGACCACGAGAGCGAGGAGGAGGAGGAGGAGGACAUGGUCUCCGAGGAGGAGGAGGAUGGCGACGCCGAGGAGACCCAGGAUUCUGAGGACGACGAGGAAGAUGAGAUGGAGGAGGACGACGAUGACUCCGAUUAUCCGGAGGAGAUGGACGACGACGACGACGACGCCAGCUACUGCACGGAAAGCAGCUUCAGGAGCCACAGCACCUACAGCAGCACCCCAGGUAGGCGAAAACCAAGAGUACAUCGGCCUCGUUCUCCAAUAUUGGAAGAGAAAGACAUCCCACCCCUUGAAUUUCCCAAGUCCUCUGAGGAUUUAAUGGUGCCUAAUGAGCAUAUAAUGAAUGUUAUUGCCAUUUAUGAGGUACUGCGGAACUUUGGCACUGUUUUAAGGUUAUCUCCUUUUCGCUUUGAGGACUUUUGUGCAGCUUUGGUGAGUCAAGAGCAAUGUACACUUAUGGCGGAGAUGCACGUUGUGCUUUUGAAAGCAGUUUUGCGUGAAGAAGACACUUCUAAUACUACCUUUGGACCUGCUGAUCUGAAAGAUAGCGUUAAUUCCACACUGUAUUUCAUAGAUGGAAUGACGUGGCCGGAGGUGCUGCGGGUGUACUGUGAGAGCGAUAAGGAGUACCAUCAUGUGCUUCCUUACCAAGAAGCAGAGGACUACCCUUAUGGACCAGUAGAGAACAAAAUCAAAGUUCUGCAGUUCUUAGUUGAUCAGUUUCUUACCACAAAUAUUGCUCGUGAAGAAUUGAUGUCUGAAGGGGUAAUCCAGUAUGAUGACCAUUGUAGGGUUUGUCACAAACUUGGGGAUUUGCUUUGCUGUGAGACAUGUUCAGCAGUAUACCAUUUGGAAUGUGUGAAACCUCCUCUUGAGGAGGUACCAGAGGAUGAAUGGCAGUGUGAAGUCUGUGUAGCACAUAAGGUGCCUGGUGUGACAGAUUGUGUUGCUGAAAUCCAAAAAAACAAACCAUAUAUUCGACAUGAACCUAUUGGAUAUGACAGAAGUCGGAGGAAAUACUGGUUCUUAAACCGAAGACUUAUAAUAGAAGAAGAUACAGAAAAUGAAAAUGAAAAGAAAAUUUGGUACUACAGUACAAAAGUCCAGCUUGCAGAAUUAAUUGACUGUCUAGACAAAGAUUACUGGGAAGCAGAACUCUGCAAAAUUCUGGAAGAAAUGCGUGAAGAAAUCCACCGUCAUAUGGACAUAACUGAAGACUUGACCAACAAGGCUAGGGGUAGUAAUAAAUCCUUUCUGGCGGCAGCUAAUGAAGAAAUUUUGGAAUCCAUAAGAGCAAAAAAGGGUGAGAUUGAUAUUGUUAAAAGCCCAGAAGAAAUAGAAAAGGACAACAAUGAGACUGAGAAUAACUCUAAAGAUGCCGAGAAAAGCAGAGAUGAGUUUGAAGACCGAUCGCUUGAAAAAGACAAUGAUGACAAAACACCAGAAGAUGAUGCUGAACAAGGAAAAUCUGAGGAGCCAACAGAAGUUGGGGAUAAAGGUAACUCUGAGUCAGCAAAUCUUGGCGACAACACAGCAAAUGCUUCAGAAGAGACUAGUCCCUCUGAAGGGAGGAGUCCUGUGGGGUGUCUCUCAGAAACCCAUGAUAGCAGCAACAUGGCAGAGAAGAAGGUGGCAUCUGAGCUCCCUCAGGAUGUGCCAGAAGAACCUAACAAGACAUGUGACAACAGUAACACUAGUGCUACCACUACCUCCAUUCAGCCUAAUCUGGAAAACAGUAACAGCAGCAGUGAACUAAAUUCUUCCCAGAGUGAAUCUGCUAAGGCAGCUGAUGAUCCUGAAAAUGGAGAAAGAGAGUCUCCUACACCUGUCUCUAUUCAAGAAGAGAUAGGUGAUUUCAAAUCAGAAAAGUCUAAUGGGGAAAUAAGUGAGUCUCCUGGAGGUGGACGAGGAACAUCUGGUUCAACUCGAAUCAUCACCAGAUUACGGAAUCCAGACAGCAAACUUAGUCAGCUGAAGAGCCAACAGGUGGCAGCCGCAGCCCAUGAAGCAAAUAAGUUAUUUAAGGAGGGCAAAGAGGUACUGGUAGUUAACUCUCAAGGAGAAAUUUCACGGUUGAGCACCAAAAAGGAAGUGGUCAUGAAAGGAAAUAUCAACAAUUAUUUUAAGUUGGGUCAAGAAGGGAAGUAUCGUGUCUACCACAAUCAGUACUCCACCAAUUCAUUUGCUUUGAAUAAGCACCAGCACAGAGAAGACCAUGAUAAGAGAAGGCAUCUUGCACAUAAAUUCUGUCUGACUCCAGCAGGAGAGUUCAAAUGGAAUGGUUCUGUCCAUGGGUCCAAAGUUCUUACAAUUUCUACUCUGAGACUGACUAUCACCCAACUGGAAAACAAUAUCCCUUCAUCUUUUCUUCAUCCCAAUUGGGCUUCACACAGGGCAAAUUGGAUCAAGGCAGUUCAGAUGUGUAGCAAACCCAGAGAAUUUGCACUGGCUUUAGCUAUUUUGGAGUGUGCAGUUAAACCAGUUGUGAUGCUACCAAUAUGGCGGGAAUCUUUAGGUCAUACCAGGUUACACAGGAUGACAUCAAUUGAAAGAGAAGAAAAAGAGAAAGUCAAAAAAAAGGAGAAGAAACAAGAAGAGGAAGAAACAAUGCAACAAGCUACGUGGGUAAAAUAUACAUUUCCAGUUAAACAUCAGGUUUGGAAACAAAAAGGAGAGGAAUACAGAGUAACAGGAUAUGGUGGUUGGAGUUGGAUUAGUAAAACUCAUGUUUAUAGGUUUGUUCCUAAAUUGCCCGGCAAUACUAAUGUGAAUUACAGAAAGUCGUUAGAAGGAACCAAAACUAGUAUGGAUGAAAAUAUGGAUGAAUCAGAUAGAAGGAAAAGCCCAAGAAGUCCAAAAAAAAUUAAAGCAGACCCUGAUUCUGAGAAAGAUGAGGUAAAAGAUUCAGAUGCAGCAAAAGGAGCAGACCAAAUUGAAAUGGAUAUUUCAAAGAUUACUGAGAAGAAGGACCAAGAUAUAAAAGAAGUUUUAGAUUCUGACCCUGAUAAAUCCUUUAAGGAAGAACCAAUGGAAAUAGAUGAUGAUGUGAAAACAGAGUCACAUAUAAAUUGUCAGGAAAGGUCUCAAGUAGAUGUUGUCAAUGUCAGUGAGGGUUUUCACCUACGGACUAGUUAUAAAAAGAAAAUUAAGUCAUCUAAACUAGAUGGACUUCUUGAAAGAAGAAUUAAACAGUUUACACUGGAGGAAAAACAACGGCUCGAAAAAAUGAAGUUGGAGGGUGGAAUUAAGGCUACAGGAAAGACUUCUACAAGUUCUUUGAAAAGUCUGUCUGAGUCACCAGUAACAACUAAAGCAAAAGACGGGUGUCAAAGUGACUUGCUUAAACAAGAACAAAGUCCUAAUGCAAGUAACGAUAAAUCUGAAGACUUUAUUCAGGGAUGUUCACAAAGUGAUUCCUCUGUUCUGGGAAUCAUUGAUUCUGAUCAUACCACAAGUAAACUUUAUCCAAAAGAUCAAAUGGUAGAUGAUGACUCUAUUCAGAGCCCAGAAACAAAUUGUCAGAAACAAAAUUCUUUUGGAAAUGACAUAGAUGAGAGUCUGUCAGAACCAACCAGUAAAGCCUUGCAACCUGGUAAGAUUAAAACAAAAGGAAGUGAUUUUCUCAUUGAUGACUCUAAACUAGCCAGUGCCAAUGCAAUUGGUACUUUGAUCUCUAAGAACAAAAAACAGCUCGCACAGGAGGAUAAUGACAACAUUGUUUCUCCUUCCCAGAGCCCUUUAUUUCCAUCAGUAUCUAAAAGUACUGAUGAUAGAGAUAUCUCAUCUCUGUCAAAAGCAAUGGACUUGGAAGGAAAACUGAGAUGUGACUUUGAAUAUAAUAGCACUUUGGAAAAUAGUUCUGAUACUAUGUCUAUUCAAGACAGCAGUGAAGAAGAUAUGAUUGUUCAGAAUAGCAAUGACAGUAUUUCUGAGCAGUUCAUAACUCAAGAACAAGGUAUUGAAAUCUUGGAACCACUGAAAUGUGAGUUUGCUUCAGAUAAGUCCUCUGGAAAAUGUGAUGACAGACUUCAGAGUAAGAUAACUGAAGCAAAUGGUAAAAAACCAAGUCAAGAACAGAAAUUAGAGGAGAGACCAGUUAAUAAAUGUAUUGAUCAAAUAAAUGUAAAAAGUAGCACUGACAAAAAGAAUACUGAAAAUGGAGAGUCUGAAAAGAAAGGACAGAAAGGAAGUACCUUUCAAAUAAAUGGAAAAGAUAAUAAACCUAAAGUAUAUUUGAAAGGUGAAUGCUUGAAAGACAUCUCUGAGGAUAAAGUAGUAAGUGAUGUUGAAUCAAAGGUUAAUAAUAUAAAUAAAAUAAUUCCUGAAAAUGAUAUUAAGUCUUUGACUGUUAAAGAGUCUGCUGUAAAGUCAUUCAUGAAUGGUGAUGUCAUCAUGGAUGAUUUUAAUGAAAAAAACAACCUGGAAACAAAAUCAUGCUCACUGAGAUCUUUAGAUGCUGAAGGUGACUACCAAGAUGGCCUAGAGACCCUGCCAUUAACCAAAGAGUCUGACAGAGCACAAAUGACCACACCUCCACCAUGUUGUCCAGAAAGCAGUUCAGUGGGUCAGGUAGAAGAUAUGGAAAUUGAAACCUCAGAAAUUAAGAAAGUUUCUCCAUCACCUUUUACUUCUGGAGAGGAAUCUAACCUCAGUAAUGAUUUUAUUGAUGAAAAUUGUCUGCCUACCAACAAAGAUGAAAAUGUCAAUGGAGACUGUAAAAGAAAAACAGUCAUCACAGAAGUCACCACCAUGACAUCCACAGUAGCCACGGAGUCAAAAACCGUAAUCAGAGUAGCACAAGGUGAUAAGCAGACUGUGGUGUCUUCCACAGAAAAUUGUGCCAAAUCCACUGUCACGACUACUACAACAGUGACAAAGCUCUCCACACCCUCCACAGGCAGCAAUGUGGACGUCAUCUCUGUGAAGGAGCAGAGCAAAACUGUGGUCACCACAACAGUGACUGACUCACUGACCACUGCAGGAGGCACUCUGGUAACAUCUAUGACUGUGAGCAAAGAAUAUUCCACAAGGGACAAAGUGAAACUCAUGAAAUUUUCAAGACCCAAGAAGACUCGAUCAGGUACAGCUCUACCAUCCUAUAGAAAGUUUAUCACCAAGAGCAGCAAGAAGAGCAUAUUUGUCUUGCCUAAUGAUGACUUAAAAAAGUUGGCCAGAAAAGGAGGAAUCCGAGAAGUUCCUUAUUUUAAUUAUAAUGCUAAACCUGCGUUGGAUAUAUGGCCAUAUCCUUCUCCUAGACCAACCUUUGGUAUCACUUGGAGGUAUAGACUUCAGACCGUAAAGUCCUUAGCAGGAGUGAGCCUUAUGUUACGGUUACUGUGGGCAAGUCUGAGAUGGGAUGACAUGGCAGCCAAGGCUCCUCCAGGAGGAGGGACUACUCGGACAGAAACAUCUGAAACUGAAAUCACAACAACUGAAAUAAUUAAGAGGCGAGAUGUUGGUCCUUAUGGCAUUCGGUCUGAAUAUUGUAUUAGGAAAAUCAUUUGCCCCAUUGGAGUUCCAGAAGCACCAAAAGAAACACCUACACCUCAGAGGAAAGGCCUUCGAUCAAGUGCAUUACGGCCAAAGAGAUCAGAAACACCCAAGCAAACUGGCCCUGUUAUCAUUGAAACCUGGGUAGCAGAGGAAGAGUUGGAAUUAUGGGAGAUCAGGGCGUUUGCUGAGAGAGUGGAGAAAGAAAAGGCACAAGCAGUUGAGCAACAGGCUAAGGUUAGUGAACAGAAGAAGGCAGAGGACUUCAAGGCCCAAAUGGAGGCACACCUCAAACAGCAGCGGUUGGCUGCCCAGCAGAAACGGUUGGAACAGCAAAAGCCUACAGUAAUUUCAGCUUCCACGACUUCCCCAACAAACAGUACGACUAGUACCAUUUCUCCAGCACAGAAAGUUAUGGUGGCCCCCAUAAGUGGCUCAGUUGCAACUGGAACUAAAAUGGUACUAACUACUAAAGUUGGAUCUCCAGCUACAGUAACAUUCCAGCAGAACAAGAACUUCCAUCAGACCUUUGCCACUUGGGUUAAGCAAGGCCAGUCAAAUUCAGCUACCAGCACAGCUGCCACAUCUGCUACAACCAUUGCCAGCACAGGUCAGACGUUCCAAAUUACAGGCAAUCCAGUCACUAUGGCAGGAAAAGUAAUUACCAAACUGCCACUUCCUGCAAACAGCAAGAUUGUCGCUGUAAAUGUGCCAGCAACACAAGGAGGCGUUGUUCAAGUACAGCAAAAAGUCCUGGGUAUCAUUCCAUCAAGUACAGGUACAAGUCAGCAAACCUUUACUUCAUUCCAGCCCAGGACAGCAACAGUCACAAUUAGGCCCAACACCUCAGGCUCUGGAGGAACCACAAGCACUUCACAAGUAAUCACAGGGCCUCAGAUCCGCCCUGGUAUGACAGUGAUUAGAACACCACUCCAACAGUCAACACUAGGAAAGGCAAUUAUUCGAACACCUGUGAUGGUACAGCCAGGUACACCUCAACAAGUGGUGACUCAGAUCAUCAGGGGGCAGCCUGUUUCCACUGCUAUCUCUGCCCCUAAUGCAGUUUCCUCAACACCUGGGCAGAAAGGAUUAACUUCAGGAACAUCCACUGCAAGUCUGCAGUCUUCAGCCUCACAAUCCCCUCGCCCCCAACAAGGACAGGUGAAGCUUACCAUGGCUCAACUCACUCAGUUAACACAGGGCCAUGGUGGCAAUCAAGGUUUGACAGUAGUAAUUCAAGGACAAGGUCAAACUACUGGGCAGUUGCAGUUAAUACCUCAAGGGGUGACUGUACUUCCAGGUCCAGGACAGCAGCUGAUGCAAGCUGCAAUGCCAAAUGGUACUGUUCAGCGAUUCCUCUUUACCCCAUUGGCAACAACAGCCACAGCAGCCAGCACCACCACUACCACCACUGUUUCCACCACAGCAGCAGGUACAGGUGAACAAAGACAGAGUAAAUUAUCACCCUCGACACAGGUGCAACAAGCCAAAACCCUGCCACCAGCUCAGUCAUCAAGUGUGAGUCCUCCAGAAUCCCAGCCACAGCCUGCUCAGCCUUCAGCUCAGCCCCAGCCCCAAUCUAAGCCCCAAUCCCCAGCUCAGCCUGAAGUUCAAACUCAGCCUGAAGUUCAGACCCAAACAACUGUUGCAUCCCAUGUCCCUUCUGAAGCACAACCCACCCAAGCACAGUCAUCCAAACCCCAAGUUGCAGUACAGUGUCAGCCUCAAAGUAAUGUCCAAGGACAGUCUCCUGCUCGCGUCCAAAGUCCACCACAGACUCGAAUACGUCCAUCAACUCCAUCCCAGGUGUCUCCUGGACAGCAAUCCCAGAUUCAGACUACAACCUCACAACCGAUUCCAAUUCAGCCACAUACAUCUCUUCAGAUACCUUCCCAGGGCCAGCCACAAUCACAACCCCAGGUGGUGAUGAAGCAUAAUGCUGUGAUAGAACAUUUAAAACAGAAGAAGACCAUGACUCCAGCUGAAAGAGAAGAGAAUCAAAGAAUGAUUGUCUGUAACCAGGUGAUGAAGUAUAUUUUGGAUAAGAUAGACAAAGAAGAAAAACAAGCAGCGAAAAAACGGAAGCGCGAGGAGAGUGUGGAACAGAAACGUAGCAAGCAGAAUGCUACCAAGCUCUCUGCACUGCUCUUCAAACACAAAGAGCAACUCAAAGCUGAAAUACUGAAAAAGAGAGCUCUCCUGGACAAAGAUCUACAAAUUGAAGUGCAGGAAGAGCUCAAGAGAGACCUGAAAAUUAAGAAAGAAAAAGAAAUGGUGCAGGCCACAGCAGCAGCUGCCACUCCCCCUGCAGCACCUCCUGCACCUCCAGCCCCUCCUCCUUCGCCUCCACCUCCACCUCCCCCACAGCACUCAGGCCCCCAGGCCACAGCCACGGCCACUCUGCCUGCAUCUUCCCAGAAGAGGAAGCGAGAAGAGGAAAGAGACUCAAGUUCCAAGUCCAAGAAGAAGAAAAUGAUUUCUACUACCUCAAAGGAAACUAAGAAGGACACAAAGCUUUACUGUAUCUGUAAAACGCCUUACGAUGAAUCUAAGUUCUAUAUUGGCUGUGAUCUUUGUACUAACUGGUAUCAUGGAGAAUGUGUUGGCAUCACAGAAAAGGAGGCUAAGAAAAUGGAUGUGUACAUCUGUAAUGAUUGUAAACGGGCACAAGAGGGCAGCAGUGAGGAAUUGUACUGUAUCUGCAGAACACCUUAUGAUGAGUCACAAUUUUAUAUUGGCUGUGAUCGGUGUCAGAAUUGGUACCAUGGGCGCUGCGUUGGCAUCUUGCAGAGUGAGGCAGAGCUCAUUGAUGAGUAUGUCUGUCCACAGUGCCAGUCAACAGAGGAUGCCAUGACAGUGCUCACACCACUAACAGAGAAAGAUUAUGAGGGUUUGAAGAGGGUGCUGCGUUCUUUACAGGCCCAUAAGAUGGCCUGGCCCUUCCUGGAACCAGUGGACCCUAAUGAUGCACCCGAUUAUUAUGGUGUUAUUAAGGAACCUAUGGACCUUGCCACCAUGGAAGAAAGAAUACAAAGACGAUAUUAUGAAAAGCUGACGGAAUUUGUGGCAGAUAUGACCAAAAUUUUUGAUAACUGUCGUUACUACAAUCCAAGUGACUCCCCUUUUUACCAGUGUGCAGAAGUUCUUGAAUCGUUCUUUGUACAGAAAUUGAAAGGAUUCAAGGCUAGCAGGUCUCAUAACAACAAACUGCAGUCAUCAGCUUCUUAAAGUUCAGCGUGUUAACCUAAACAUAAAACACAGGAAGAAUCUGGUUGUCUGAACUAUUUUAAAUUAAGGAGCCAGAUGUUUUUAGUCAGGUUAUCCUGACAAGACUUGACCUAAACUUUGUUUUUAUUGGUCAUAACAGUCCAAUUUUAUUCUUGACCAAUUUUGUCCAACGGACAAGGGAAAAGCGAAGUCAACCGACACCAUUAUCUUGUCAAGAUCAAAUGGUUUUACUAUUGUGGCAGAAGCGGGAAAACUUUGUUUAUUGAAAAAAAAAAAAAAAAAGAAAAAAGAAAGCAAGAAAAAAAGAUAAUAUGGAGUCAAGUGUAACUCCAUGGAAAUGCCACGUCUGCUCUUCAGUGAAGAAGCUGGUUUAGAGUCUCUCAGAAAACUUUUGACUGUAUUUAUUUAUUGUUGCAAAAAAGACGCUUUUUUAUUGCUGCCCUCAUUUGUCAGCUAAUUAUUUUUUCUUAUAAAAUCCAGCCCUGGUUACAUGUAAUCCAUUCUGUAUCUUAUCAUGAUUCCUAUAGGUAAAAGUACAAGACGACCUCUAGAUGUCUUUUCUUUCUAUGAAAGGAGCUGCUAUGUACACAUGUGCACACACACACAAAACUGGGAAUCAACAAUGAGUUUAUUGUUCAUGGUAGAUAAAAAUUAAGCUUGCAUAAAGGUUGGGCUAAAUGGUCCUGGACUACAGACUCUGUUGCCUUGAAUAUAACAGUAAAAUUUGUCAUUUACUCUGCACCAGGCUAAAAUGAGUAAAAAUCUAUUUGAAGGUAUCUUGUUUGUAAACAUUUGUCAGAUUCUAAUUUUUUUCUUUUUGUAUUAAAAUUCAACUAUGGAUGUAUAUGAAACAAAAUAAAUGGAGAUCAUUUUUCUCCCACA